AUGCUGAGCUACGCGCAGCACAAGAGUAUGAGGGGUGUCUGGCAGCGGCGCCUCACCUGCAGCCAGGGGUGCCGCGAUCCGAAUGCGGCGCCGCGCUUGGCGCCCGCCAUCGAUUCGCCGCCGCCGCCGCCAGCCCCGCCGCCCCCACGGCGGGCCAGACGCGACAGAGCCGCCGCCGCCCCCUCGCGCCCCUGGCCGCCACUUGCCACGUGCCGACCUCCGCCGCCACACCCUCCACCCCCGCACCGUCCAAAAACGCGACACUUCCUCGCGCCGCGCCGCCGCUGCACCCCCUGCUGCUGCUGCGCCGGCAGCCCCUACUACUCCCACACCUACACGCAAAAGCAAACUCCGUGA